AUGACUGAAUUUAUUAACAAAGUAUAUGAAUCAUUGCAAUCAUUCGAUAACAAUUAUAUUAAAAUAUAUAUUACCGAUCAUGCUUAUAAUACAAAUAUUUAUAUUGGAUUCGCAAUUUCCAAUGAAUUGAAAAAUCAAUAUCAUUUAAAUCGAUCUACAAAAGAAUUCAAAUUUUAUACAAAUAUAAAAGACGAAGAAACAUAUAAAAUAUUUGAAAAGAUAUUACAAUUACAAGUUAUAAAAGAUGUUAACCAAAAUAUAGCCAUUGACUUUUUCAACAUUGGUGAAGCAAUUAAAAGCGAAUAUUUGAUGUCUUUCUUGCUGAAUAAUUUGAAAAACGAUAGUAUUACUAAAGAAAAUAUUUUCAUUAGAAUUAAAUAUUACAAUCAAGUAGGCUAUGAUGAGAAGUUGUUCAAUUUCAUAGUUGAAAACCUUGAUUCAAUUGAUCAAAAUGACUUAAUAACUUCCAUUCUUGAUGCAGGAUAUGAAUUUACAACAGAUUUGUUGAAUCAUUUCAAAAGUAAAAAUAAAAAUUCAAAUGAAAUAAUAUUCUCUCUCAUCAAGAGAAAUAUAUCAUAUAUGGAUAUUGUUUUCUAUCUUAGUAAUGAGUAUUCUGAAAUCAGAGAUGCAAUCGAUUCGCUCAAAAAAUUCUCAACAGGUGAAGGUCAAUUUGUGAUUGUUUCAAUUUUCAAGUCAUUAUUGGAUAUAAGUAGGCCGAAUAGAACAGAAUUAACAAAGUUGCGAAAUGAAAAUAAAUCACAAAGAGAUGAAAUUAAUAGAUUAAAGAGGCAGAAUACUUUAAAAUCAGAAAAAAUUACAGAAUUAAGAUCAGAAAAUAACCAGAACAAUGAUUUCAUUCAAAAAAUAGGAGAAUAUUUGCCAAAAAUUAAGAAAAUAAAUAGUAUGAAUUUGGAUGAAUCAAAAUUUCAUGAUGUUUAUAAUACAAUUAAAGAAGCUUCAGAUCAAAGAGAUUUAGCAACAAUUCUUUAUUAUCAAGAAAUAACAAAAAAAAUUGCUGGACCUAAAAUUAAAUAUGAUGUUUUUCUAUCAUCGGCAUCCAGGGGUAAUAUUCAAUUAACCAAAGAUUUUGUUGAAUGCGGUGCAAAUAAAUUUGCAGUAACCAGUGAAGGUGAAACUUUGAUUCAUAUAUUCACUCGAAAUCAAAAUCUUGAAGCCGUAAAGUACUUCAUGAAAUAUGAUUACGAUAUAAAUAAGAAGGAUAAAAAUGGAAAUACUCCACUUCAUUUGGCAGUAUUGAAUGCAGAUUUUAAUACAUGCGAAUAUCUCUGCAAUUUGUCAGAUAUCAAAGGAUACAUCAGAAAUAAAUAUAAUGAAACUCCACGAGAUAUUGCUAAGCGGAAAGGUUAUAAUAAUAUUGAAAGUAUAUUAAGCAAGAUUCCUGAUAGAUGCUUUAUAGCUUAG